CUUGGCUCUCAUUCUGUUUCCUCCGCUAGCUUCUGUGUCUUGAGCUCACCGUAGUCUAAGGUGGCCCCGCUGUAGCCAGUGUCCCUGUGAGGUGCAGACGGCGCGGGACGCCAGAAAUUCGGAAAUGGUAGAUGGAGGCUUUUGUUUACUCCAUGUAAAAUGAGAUCCAGCCUGCUCCUGCGCUGGGAACUGUCCAGAAGACUGUUAGCAUAUCAGAGGCAGGGUCAAACAAGGAUGAGUGGACACUGCGCAGGCUUUCUUACCCUUUUCAGAUGUUUCUCUUUACAUUUAUGUGGUUGAUACACAGUUUGAGAAUAUUUCAAUUUUUUUUUUUUUUUGUUGUUUAUUUAUCAUGUAUACAACAUUCUGCCUCCAUGUAUGCCCACAUGCCAGAAGAGGGCGCCAGAUCUCAUCACAGAUGGUUGUGAGCCACCAUGUGGUUGCUGGGAAUUGAACUCAGGACCUCUGGAAGAGCAGCCAGUGUUCUUAACCACUGAGCCAUCUCUCCAGCCCCCGAAUAUUUCAAUUUUUAACAAGCUUGUUUCUGAGGGCUCUGCUUGUACUUUCAUGUUUCUGUGGAGGAUGUGUGUUUGCAGCACCUCACAGCCAUUUUCCUGACCACAUUCUUCCUGGACUCUUGUGGAUGUUCAUAUAAUGAUGUUCUUUGUGUCAUUACGUAUGUGUCGUUACAUAAUCACCUUGAUUACUGUUGCUUUAAGAGGCAAGUUUUGGCAUUAAGAAGCACUAGUCUUACUGUGUUUUAGGAUUCUUGUAGUAUCUGAGUGCCUUGUAAUUUCAUAUGAAAAUCUGUAUUGGUUUUUCAAUUCCUAUAAGUUAGUCACCCAGGAUUCUAAUUGUUCUUAGUUACCUUAACACUUUGAUUUUUAGAAUUCCUCCCAAAUCCUGAGGUCCAUGACAACAUCAGCAAAGGUCCAGUUUUGUGAGUUGUCACUUCUAACAAUUAGAACUCUCACAGUACAAACAUUAGCAUCAUUUGUAGAGCAGAUAGUAGGAUUUAUUAGUCACAUGUAUUGGAGAUGAACUGUACAAUGAUCAAUUAGUGAUAAUCAAGAAACAGCCUACUCCCUGGAUUUACCAAUGAGAGGGUGUUUUUAUUCUGCUAUUGCUUUCUGAGUGCUUCAGUUGAAUUAUAAUAUUAAUACAGCAGUAUGCGAACAACUACAUACACAAAGUAGACUUUUAGAUCAGCAAAUCAUAUGACACAUCUACAUACAGAGUAUAGAGCCCUAGUGGUAUAAGUUUUACCCAGCCGCCAAUACACAUUGUGGGAUAUUUUAGAACUCAGUGGCCUUUGACGAUGUGGCUAUAAACUUCACCCAGGAAGAGUGGGCUUUGCUGGAUCCUUCCCAGAAGAAUCUCUACACAGACGUGAUGCAAGAAGUCUUUAGAAACUUGACUUUUAUAGAGAACGGGUGGGAAGGCCAGAACAUUGAGGAGGACAAAAAUCCCGAGAUAAAUCUAAGGCACAUCAUAACUGACUCCAGAUACAACCUGUGUGCAAGUGAAGAAUACUCAGAGAAGCCAUAUAAAUUUACACAGUACAGGAACUCUUUCAUUUCUCUAAUGAGUGUUCAGAGACAUAUGACAACGGACACUGGAAGUAAACCGUAUAAGUGUAUGCUAUGUGGGAAAGCCUUUCAUUUCCCCAGUGAGUUUAGAAUACAUCUAAGAACGCACACAGGAGAGAAACCUUACGAAUGUAAGCGAUGUGGGAAAGCUUUCAGUCACUCCAGUUCCUUUAGAAAACACGAGCGAACUCACACGGGAGAGAGGCCCUAUGUAUGCAAACAGUGUGGGAAAGCCUUUAAUUGUUCCGGUUCCAUCCGGAAACAUGAAAGAACUCAUACCGGAGAGAAGCCCUAUGAAUGUAAGCAGUGUGGAAAAGCCUUCAAUUGUCCCAGUUAUCUCCAGAUUCACGAAAGAAGUCACACUGGAGAGAAGCCCUAUGAGUGUAAACAGUGUGAUAAAACAUUCAGCUGUUCCAGUUCCCUUCGGAAACAUGAACGCACUCACACUGGAGAGAAGCCCUAUGAAUGCAAGCAGUGUGGGAAGGCCUUCAGCUGUUCCAGUUCCUUUCGAAAGCAUGAACGCACUCAUAGUGGGGAGAAGCCCUAUGAAUGCAAACAGUGUGGGAAGGCCUUCUUUUCUCUCACAAGUGUUCGGACACACAUGAUAAAGCACACUGGCAACGGGCCUUUUAAAUGCAGUGUAUGUGAGGAAGUGUUUCCUUUCUCCAGUGUAUUUAGAAGACACCAAACCUCUCAUGCUGGAGAGAAGCCCUAUAAGUGUAAACAAUGUAGCAAAUGGUUUAGUUCCUCCACUUCACUUGAGAUACACGAAAGAACUCAUAAUGGGGAAAAGCCCUAUGUGUGCAAGCGAUGCGGCAAAGCGUUCAGUUGUCCCAGUUACAUUCGAAAACAUGAGCGAACUCAUACUGGGGAAAAGUCGUACCCAUGUGAGCAGUGUGGCAAGUGGUUUGGUGCUUCCAGUUCUCUUCAGAUACACGAAAGAAUCCAUACUGGAGAAAAGCCCUAUAAGUGUAAAGAGUGUGAUAGAGCGUUCAGCCUGUCCACCUCUAUUCGAAAACAUGAACAAACUCAUACUGGGGAGAAACCCUGUGAAUAUAAUGUGGGAAAGCCUUCACUUCCAGUUGAAAUUGAUUACUAAGUAGUCUUAUAAAUGUAAAUUCUGGCAAAUCCUCAGUUUCUUGCGGGCUUUUAAAUAAAAAUGGUAAAGCACACUGUAAAUGGGCCUUUGAAAUGUGAGGUAUGUCAUAAGCCUUUCCCAGUCCUGGUCUGUUUAGAGCACAUCGGAGAACUCAUGCAGGAAAGAAACAAGGUGAAUGGAAACAAUGUGGCAAAUCUUUCUUUCAGGUAGUCUCAAAAGCAUAAAGGAAGUUAUGCUGGAGAGUAUCCCUCCUAAUGAAAGCAAUGGAGAAUCAAUCACCUAUUAAAAUUGCUUUUGUAAACAUAAAUGAACUUGUACUGGAGAAACAUCCUUUUAGUACAAAUAAUAUGGCAAAUAUCACAUUUUCCCAUUUGCCUUCAAAGAAACUAAAAUACUCAUUGGAUAACAAAUCAUCAGAAAGCGAUUGUUAGGAAUAUGAAAAAACAGUUUUCUUGGUUCUUUUAAAGGACACAAAAAGUUCACACUGGAUAAUAACCCUGUGUGUGAGAGAGAAAUGGUUGAGACUCUAGAUGCCCCAGUUCUUUUAGAUUACAUGAAAGAAUACGUACCAGAUAAAACGAAUAGGAAUGUGGGGGAAGCAUUCAGUUUUCCAGUUUUCUUUAAAUAGAGGGGAAAGCCUGGAGCUUUUGAUAAUGUGGUUAGGUUUUCAGUUUUUGAAAACCUUGGAAGAACUCUGGAGGAAAGGUUGAGUGUAAGAAAUGCCAGAAGGCCUUCAGUUUUCCCAUUUUCACUCAAAGACACAAAAGAAUUCGUUUAGAAAAAGACUGAUGGGCACGCAGAAAGUCUCCCAGCUUCAUUUCUCAUGGAAAGGUACAUAAUAAUGCACACUGAAGAUGGAUAUGCAUUACAUUGACUUUACAAUGUGAAAACUUUGCUUUUUUGGGUUAAAGCAUGGAAUGUGUCUUUUUAUAUUAGAUACAAUUUUGUAGUAUUUUGUUGAGACUUUUUACAAUUGUAUUCAAAGAGAUUUGUGUAUCUUGGAAUAAUAUAGUAUUAUUUAGUACAUACAGUGUAUGCAUGUGUAUAUGUGUAUCUGUAGGAUACAGUAUAGUUUGUACAUGAGUAGUAUAUAUUAUAUAACUAGUUUUUAUGGUAUGUAAUUAAAAUAUAUGUAACCACUAUUUUACUACAU